AUAGUCAAAUUUUUCACAGGGUAUCUCUACAUAAAGCGUAAGUAAUACUCAAAGCUCCUAUUCGAUCCUUCUCAGCAGAAACUUCACACCUCUCAGUUUUAGUCAAGUCUCCUGCCUAAUUCCAUGGAGAUGCCUAUCCACGGAUCCGCUUCUCUUCCAAAUAAUUUCAUCAAGAGAGAAAGAUCAUUCCUUCAGUCUCCCACUUAUGGAAACCUCGUCACUGUUCUUAGCAUUGAUGGAGGUGGAAUCAGAGGAAUUAUCCCCGGUACUCUUCUCAGUUUCCUUGAGUCUGAGCUUCAGAAGCUGGAUGGUGAGGAUGCAAGACUGGCAGAUUAUUUUGAUGUCAUAGCAGGAACUAGUACUGGUGGCCUUGUGACUGCCAUGCUUACCGCCCCGGAUGAAAACGGCCGUCCAUUAUUUGCUGCUAAAGAUAUCAACAAAUUUUACCUUGAACACUGCCCUAAGAUAUUUCCCCAAGAUAGUUGCAAAAUUGAUUGUCUUCCAUUAACUCCAAUAACUGAUGCGGUGGCAGCUGUAAAAGCUUUCAGAGGGCCAAAGUAUGAUGGGGAGUAUUUACAUAAUAUAGUGAAGGAAAAGUUAGGAGAUAUAAGAUUGCAUCAGACAUUGACCAACGUCAUAAUUCCCACGUUUGAUAUAAAGAGGCUUCAACCAACCGUCUUCUCCAGCUAUGAGGUGAGAAAGAACAGUAGCCUAGAUGCUUUACUCUCGGAUAUAUGCAUUGCAACUUCAGCAGCCCCAACCUUUCUUCCAGCCCAUCAUUUUGAAACCGAAAAUUCCACAACUGGUCAAAUAAGAGAAUUUGAUCUCAUUGAUGGUGGUGUUGCUGCUAAUAACCCAGCUUUGGUGGCUAUAAGUGAAGUGUCAAAAGAAAUUUACAAGGGAAAUCCCGACUUUUUUACAAUGAAGGCAACUGAAUACGCCCGGUUUCUAGUUGUAUCAUUGGGUACUGGUUCAGCAAAAUGUGAUGAUAAGUACGAUGCCCAAAAUGCAGCUAAGUGGGGUAUUUUGGGAUGGUUGAUCGGAGGCGGUUCCUGUCCGUUGGUUGAUAUAUUUACUCAAGCAAGUAGUGAUAUGGUUGACUUCCACCUUUCUACAGUGUUCCAAGCCCUUCACUCUGAGAAAAAUUACCUAAGAAUCCAGGAUGAUGAUUUGGGUAAGACAUUGUGUUCUGUGGAUAUUGCUACAGAAGAAAACUUGCAAAAUCUUGUAAAAGUUGGAGAAAAUUUGUUAAAGAAACCAGUUUCCCGAGUAAACUUGGAAACCGGUAUCCAUGAGCCUGCCCAUCAUUCUACCAACGAAGAGGCUCUAGUAAGGGUAGCUGGAAUUUUGUCCAAGGAAAGGAGAGUCCGUGAAAUGAGAUCGCCACAGGGAAAGAAGGCCACAACAACAACCAGCUCCAACUUGUCAUUCUCCUUCAUCAAUGUUUAAUUAACCCCAACAUUGUUCCUUUAAUUAAUUAGUCAUUAAUUGUUAUUCAAAAGAAAGAAUCUUUGUAAUUAUUCCCUAUGAUGAGUAUGAUCGAUUCUUUGGAAGCAAAAAA